AAACAAAACCACACAAAACAAAACGAGAAAAAGCUCCAUGUUUUACUCUGAUAUUCCCAAAGCCGAUCCUCCUGUCUUUGUUGACUCUCUUUCUCUGCCUCUGACGUACCCAACCAGACCUAACGAAAAGAAACCCUAAAGGAAAGGAGAUCGAGCUCAGGCAUGGCGGCACUGGGCUGGGUUUUGAGCCUCUCUCUGGCUGCUACUCUAGGAUUUGUCAUUGGGAACUCGGAAGGGGACGCUCUGUACACGCUGAGGCGGAGCUUAACAGAUCCAGACAACGUCCUCCAGAGCUGGGAUCCCACCCUUGUUAACCCCUGUACUUGGUUCCACAUCACCUGCAACCAGGACAACCGCGUCACCCGCCUUGAUCUUGGUAAUUCAAAUUUAUCUGGACAUUUGGUGCCUGAACUUGGGAAGCUAGAGCAUCUACAGUAUCUGGAGCUAUAUAAAAACCACAUUGAAGGGACUAUUCCUUCAGAACUUGGUAACCUAAAGAGUCUCAUCAGCUUGGAUUUAUACAAUAACAACAUCUCUGGGACAAUUCCUCCUUCGUUGGGGAAAUUGAAGUCUCUUGUGUUCCUGCGGCUUAAUGACAACAGGUUAAAUGGGCCAAUCCCCAGGGAGCUUACUGGUAUUUCUACCCUCAAAGUUGUAGAUGUCUCGAACAAUGAUUUGUGUGGAACUAUUCCAACCAGCGGACCAUUUGAGCACAUCCCUUUGAACAACUUUGAGAAUAAUCCUCGGCUAGAAGGUCCAGAGUUGCUGGGACUCGCAACUUAUGACACAAGCUGCUCAUGAAGAUGUAUGAUGCUGCAAAACCUCGACGUCGCAUCAAAUUAGAUAUGUACUUCAAAAAAUUGGAAGUGUAUUACUCUCUAUAAGGGGGAUGGUGGGAAAUUCACUCCCUCAUAUAUAACUAUUUGUAAAGUUUACACACUACUGCAUUGUAAUGCUCUUUCUGUUUCUAAGAUGUUCAACACUACUGCCUUGUUGCAAUACUAUAGAAGGGGUUUACCUAUUGUGCCAA